AACGGGUGCGCAUUUCGAGGUUCUCAUGUCUAUUUAUUCAGUCGGAAUCGGAGCCGAGGACCACUUCCUUUCGCGCCUCCACAAAAUCUCCGCCACUUCUCCAUCUCCUCUCGCAUUUCCGUCGGAGUAAGCUGUAGAGUAGAGAGAGAUAGCAGUGCAGUAGCGUUCAUGGCGUUGCAAGCGGCGAUCUCGAGGAAGGUGUUAAGCCGCAGCUUGAGCUGCUUCGGUAUAGGAACUAGAUCCAUGUCUUCUUGGUGGAAGAGCGUGGAACCGGCUCCUAAAGAUCCGAUUCUCGGCGUUACUGAAGCUUUUCUUGCCGAUCCGAGUCCGAGCAAAGUCAAUGUUGGAGUCGGUGCAUAUCGAGAUGAUAACGGAAAGCCAGUGGUCCUGGAAUGUGUGAGAGAAGCUGAACGGAGGAUCGCAGGAAACCUGAACAUGGAGUAUCUUCCAAUGGGAGGGAGUAUAAAGAUGGUGGAAGAAACACUGAAGCUGGCUUAUGGAGAGAAUUCUGAUUUAAUCAAAGAUAAGAGGAUAGCAGCUGUACAAUCUCUCUCUGGAACUGGAGCAUGUCGUCUGUUUGCUGACUUUCAAAAGCGUUUCCUUCCCGACUCCCAAAUCUAUAUACCAGUCCCUACAUGGUCCAACCACCAUAACAUCUGGAGAGAUGCACAAGUUCCUCAAAGGACAUACCAUUACUACCAUCCAGAAUCUAGGGGAUUAGACUUUGCAGCAUUUAUGGAUGACAUUAGGAAUGCUCCAAAUGGCUCAUUCUUUCUACUUCACGCAUGUGCUCACAAUCCUACUGGAGUGGAUCCCUCGGAGGAACAAUGGAGAGAAAUAUCAUCCCAGUUCAAGGCAAAAGGUCAUUUUGCCUUUUUUGACAUGGCAUACCAAGGUUUUGCUAGUGGUGAUCCAGAAAGAGAUGCAAAGUCCAUCAGGAUCUUUCUCGAGGAUGGUCAUCUAAUUGGAAUUGCUCAGUCAUACGCUAAAAAUAUGGGACUCUAUGGCCAGAGAGUAGGAUGUCUUAGUGUACUCUGCGAAGAUGAAAAACAAGCAGUUGCUGUGAAAAGUCAGCUGCAGCAGCUUGCCCGACCCAUGUACAGUAAUCCACCUGUUCAUGGAGCACUAGUUGUUUCAAUCAUCCUUGGGGAUCCAGAUUUGAAGAAGUUAUGGCUGAAGGAAGUCAAGGUCAUGGCAGAUCGAAUCAUCGGUAUGCGAACUGCUCUACGAGAAAACCUUGAAAAGCUGGGAUCACCAUUAUCGUGGGAACAUAUAACUAAACAGAUUGGCAUGUUCUGUUACAGUGGAAUGAGCCCUGAACAGGUCGAUCGUUUGACCAAUGAAUAUCACAUCUACAUGACUCGAAAUGGCCGCAUAAGCAUGGCAGGUGUUACAACCGGGAAUGUACCGUAUCUGGCAAACGCUAUUCAUGAGGUGACAAAAUCUUCUUGAUUGCUACUUACAAAACUUCUAAUGAUACUACUGGAGAGUCUCUGCUUGGUGAAUAAAGGUAUUGUUACAAACUGUUAAAAAAUUUCUUCCAUCCUCCCUUUUACGAAUUAGGCAAGGAGCUACACUACACAGAUUAAAACAUUCAUUUUUGUCGUAAAUUUUUGUUCCCCUUUUUUCUCGAGCAUUUUUAGAGGAAUUGGAAUUUCAAGAUGUAAUUUAUCUUGUAUUCAUAAGUCAUGAAGUAUGACAUGUUUGCAUUGUCAAAUUUGUCUUAGGAUACAUUUUGUUUUCCAUUGCCAAAUAAUUCAUCAUUGAUCCAUUUGCUUU